UCUUGAAUUUAAACCGUGUUGUAACGUUCUGUGGUAAAAUGGCAUUGGGCAAAGCUAUUUACUACACCGGCGACACCAUCGCCGAUGAGAUUCUGGGGUUGAUGGAGAAGUUUUCCAACGAAACGCUCGCCAAGCAAGAUAAGUUCCGCGUGGGGGUAUCAGGUGGCUCGCUGGCUGAUAUCCUUUGCGAGGGAAUGUACGAUAUACGGACGGAUUUCAGCAAAUGGCAGAUAUUCUUUUGCGACGAGCGUAUUGUACCGGAAACGGAUAAGGAUUCAACAUGGGGAAUCUUCAAAAGGGAUAUGAUUGAACAAUACGACAACAUUCCGGAGAGCAUAUUCUUCCCAGUCAAUUGUUCGCUGGACGUGAACGAAGCCGCCACAGAUUACGAGAAGAAGAUACGGAAAGCGUUUGGCAUGGAAAAUACCGCAGAUAUUCCUUCGUUCGAUUUGCUGAUCCUUGGCAUCGGUCCCGACGGGCAUACGGCUUCCCUCUUCCCCGGACAUCCACUGGUCAAGGAGGAGAAAAAACUAGUCGCUCCGAUCGAUAACUCUCCAAAGCCACCAUCGAAACGCAUCACCAUGACUUUGCCUUUGAUAAACAAUGCCAAAGUUUGCUUGUUCGGUGCCCAGGGAGGAGGAAAAGCUGAAAUCCUUAAGAAAAUCGUAGAGGAGAGAGAUAAAUCCCUUCCGGCAACGUUGGUAGAACCUACUAAAGGGGAACUCAUAUUCGUGGCGUGUGAUGCUGCUGGGGCUCUGAUAGAUGGAGAUCCGUUCCGGCGCUCGUAAAAU